AAAAUCGCUCGCCGACGGAGGGGCUCGUGCCGGACCUUUUCCACGCUGGAUCCCAGCGCCGCGGAAUUUCUGUGUGUUUGGUGACCUCGGAGGGGUUCUGAUGCCUUUGCUUCUCCCUGAUCCUUGUGUGGUGCCCCUUGGUGUCAGCAGGGAUAAAUCCGCUCACCCGGAUUAAGCAGUGCAGGCACUUGCAGAUUUAAGGGAUGACGUGAGGGAAGCCAGAGAGUGCUGAGCUCUGGAGAAGGAGGCUCCAGAUCAGUGCCACGCCGAUGCAUGAGAAGGCAGCUCCCCUGAAGAGCCCCGAGCCCAGGCACGGUCGUGAGAAGCUGGAAGUGUCCCACAAGCAGAAGAGUUUGGAUUCCCUCGAUGGCAGCCUCCGCCUGAACGAAGCCCUCAAGGAUGAGGACAUCAAGAAAUGCCACCGGGAAGUGGCUGCUAGCAAGUACAACUCCCAGUACCACAAACUGUUCAAGGACAUCCCGACGGAGGAGAGCGUGCUGAAAGUUUGCUCCUGCGCGCUCCAGAGAGACAUCCUCAUCCAGGGAAGGCUUUACAUCUCCCCCAACUGGCUCUGCUUCUACGCAAACCUUUUUGGGAAGGACAUUAAGGUGGUGAUCCCAGUGGUGUCUGUACAGCUGAUAAAGAAGCACAAGACGGCUCGGCUGCUGCCCAACGGCCUGGCCAUCACCACCACCGCCAGCAGAAAGUACAUCUUCGUAUCCCUCAUCUCUCGUGACAGCGUCUAUGAUGUCCUGAGGAGAGUCUGCACCCACCUGCAGGUUUCCAGUAAGAAGAGCUUGAGUCUGAAGGAGCUGUCGGAGGAGCCGGACUCCGUGUCACUGGAGGUGAUCGUCCCCGAGGGCAAGUGGAGGAAGGUGUCACCUACCUCACUGUCACUAUCACUGCCAGAUGCCAACUACCAGUGUAUCCGCCGGACCUCUGUCAGCAGCCUGAGCACCAAGGAGAGCUCCUUCACCUCUGAGGAGCCGCUGGUUUCAGAAAGUGCAAUAAAUACCGAGGAAGAGCUGGAGGUGGAGCAGAGCUAUGUGGCAGAGCUGAGACCCUCUGACUACCAGCUCCUGAAGAUCUUCAUUGUGCUCAUCUGUCUCCUGGUCGUGUCCUCCUCGUACCUGGCAUUCCGUAUCUUCCGUCUGGAGCAGCAGCUCUGCUCUCUGAACCGGGAUUACCUCUCCCGUGGGCACAGGAGGUGACUGUUCCCCAGGUGCUGGCUGAGGAUGGACACUGAGGUGGUGGCACCCUGCCCAUGGAUCCCGGUGCUGUGUCCUCCCAACCGUGGCUGUUACAUGUGGUCCAGCUUUCCCUUGGCUGGAAAAAUGGGACCAAGUAUUUUCUCUCUUCCUUCGGGCACUUGUUCCUGGUGGGACUUUGCAGCCAGGUUCUGGCCACCAGUGCCAACUCCCCAUCCCACUGGAAACCUGUUUUCUCCCUGGGACACUGCUGUGCUGUAGCACCGGACAAUGGCUCGGGGCUGCCGAGCACUUGGACCUUCCCUUAGGACUUGCUGCUAAGAUGGAUGUUGGUUUUUAUUUCAGGCUUGGAUUUUUCUUGUUAAAAGGUGACCUUGGGCUCACCAGGAACCCCCAAAAAUGUGGAUGAGUUGCCACUGCUGCUCUGGGAGAACCCAUCUGUUUGUCCCUCAGUAUCCCUGGGAAUGUUCCUGGAGGAAUGGCCCUGAACACAGGGAUCUGUGGGGAUGGGGAGAAAGGGCCCACUAGUCCUGUGGGGUGUCAUUUAUCCCACACACAAGGGUGGGGGUACAAGCCAGGGCUCCCCAGCCCUUCUCUCCUGGAGCACUGGGCUUAGAGGAGGGGGUGAGUGUGCAUCCCUUGCAAAGCACUUUAGGGUCUCCCAGACCAGGUGUCCUCACUGGGGUUCACACCUGGCACAGGUGAACUUUGUUAGUCCUGCUUGCCCCAUGAAGACGCUGGAAAGGAGCUCAUGGCUGGCACUGGGGAAUGUCCCAGAGUGCAGCGUCUGUGCCCUGGUUCGUGUUAACCUUGUCACCGCAUGGAGCUGAGUGCUGCAGGAUUUGUCUCACAGGAUUUGUCCCACAGCCCCCCUGGGAGCACACUGGGGUGGCAGGUGGUACCGGUGUGAUUCCUUUCUUUCCUGUUUUUUUGGGAACUACAAGUGCUGAUGGGGCCAAAUCCCAGCGCCCUGGGGAAGAGCUCACUGCUCGCUCUGGGCUUGGAAUGGCUUUUAAAUGGAAUUACAAUAAACACAGGAUUUUCUAGCA